AUGGGGUCCAAACAACCAAGCUCUCGGGCAUUCCCGAACACUCUAUCUCCUAGCCAAGCGCCGGGCAGAACUCGCAAUAGCCACAUCUUUGUGGGUUUUUUGACCGGCCUGCUGGCAUUGGCAUUUUUGUUCAAUCCCUUCUGGCAGCAUUCACACAGCUGUCGUGGCCCUUGGUCUAAGCGGCCAACGUCGAGCCUCUCGAUAGAGAAUCGCGUGGAGCAAAUACUCUCACAGACUCCCUUGAUCGACGGUCACAACGACCUUGCCAUUCUGAUCCGUGUUCUCCUCCACAACCAUAUCAACACUGAGCGGUUCAGGGAGGAAUUUGAGGCAGGCACUUUCUCCUAUCAUGUCGACCUUGCCAGGCUGCGAGCUGGUAAGAAUGGAGGUGCCUUCUGGUCCGUUUUUGUGCCUUGUCCCGAUAAUGGGACUGAUUUCUCGGAUAACAACUACUCUCAAAGUAUUCGUGACACUCUGCAGCAGAUAGACGUCAUCACACGCUUGACGGCAGCCUAUCCAAACGAUUUUUCCUCUGUACACAUCAACAGCAGCAGAGCCAUGGCGGCCUUCCGGGAAAACAAGCUCAUAUCUCCCUUGGGCGUGGAAGGCCUCCAUCAGAUUGGUAAUUCGGUAGCCAACCUCCGUCAGUAUCAGAGCCUCGGCGUGCGGUACGCAACAUUGACACAUAACUGCCACAACCGCUAUGCUGAUGCCGCCGUCCUCGAGAAUCCCCUCCGCAAGGCUGAGCCUCUCUGGCACGGCGUCAGCCGCGAGGGACGUCGCCUGGUUCGGGAGAUGAACCGCCUGGGAAUGAUCGUGGACUUGUCACAUGUCAGCGAGGAGACCAUGAUUGACGUGCUGGGUGGAAAGCACGGGUGGGAGGGAUCUCGCGCCCCUAUCAUCUUUAGCCACAGCAGUGCUUACUCCCUCUGCCCUCACCCUCGAAAUGUUAAGGACCACGUUUUGCAGCUGGUCAAAGAUCGAAACUCGGUCGUCAUGGUAAACUUCUCUCCCGACUUCGUCUCAUGUGCGGACGUUGGUGCCGAGAACGGGUUGCCGGGCCCGGACCCAGACCAUGAAGCUUCCCUCGACCGGGUGGUUGAGCACAUCUUGCAUAUCGGUGAACUCAUCGGGUUUGACCAUGUCGGUAUUGGCAGCGACUUUGAUGGGAUCGAGAACACGCCAAAGGGACUGGAAGACGUAUCAAAGUUUCCCGAUCUCGUGGUUGAGCUGCUGAAACGUGGUGUCAGUGAUGAAGACGCCGCAAAGAUUGUAGGGGGUAACGUGCUCCGUGUGUGGAAGGCCGUUGAUGCAGUUGCUUUGCAAAUGCAAGCUGCUGGUGAGCUUCCCAUGGAGGAUGAACUGCCAGGAUUGACCUUCGAGUGA